AUGAAAGUAAGAGUAAUAAAGAACGACAUUAGAAAAGCUGUUUCAAUAAUGAAAAUAUGCUACGGCGAAUUAUGUUCAACUGGUUGCGUAGUUGAUUGGAAAGACAUAGUAUAUUUUGAUAACUUACAUGAUCAUCCAAAUACUUGUAUCCUGAAAAAUGGUCACGAAUAUACAGUGCCAAUAACCUGUACAAUAAUUUGGAACGGAUUCGUUGAUGAUUUGUAUUAUUCAAAUGUGUGCACUCAUAUGAAACGUUUAUACGACAAUAAAGAAUUUAGUGACAUGGUGAUUAAAAUUAGAGACGACGAAUUUCCAGCUCAUAAAAUUUUAAUUUCAGCCCUAAGUCACGUAUUCCACACAAUGUUAACUACUGAUAUGAAAGAGUCCAAAGAAAAUAGUAUUACAUUUUCGGAUACUACUGACACUGAUGUAAUAAAAGAACUACUUCUGUUUGUCUACAAGGGGAAAAUGGACAAAGCUGAAACAGACGCUGAACUCGCUCUAAAAUUAUGCAACUUUGCGCAUAUGUAUCAAAUUAAUAAAUUGAAAACAACGUGUGAAUAUAUUUUGAUAAAAAGCUUGACUAAUGAAAAUGCAUCUACUAUUCUCACCGAAGAUGAUCCAGCACCAAGUUAUGAGGGGCACCGCAAUUGUACUUUUUUUUUCCGAGACACGUCCGAAUAA